GGCUGCGGGCGGUGCCGCUGCUCCCGGUCCCGCUCUCCCGGCGGGUCGCGGCUCCAAGAUGGCGCAGGCGAUCUUCGAGGCGCUGGAAGGAAUGGAUAAUCAGACGGUGCUGGCUGUGCAGUCCUUACUGGAUGGUCAAGGAGGUGUGACAGAUCCAUCUGCUCAAAAUGUCAACCCCUCCACUGCCAUCCAGUCGAUGGAUGACGAAGAUGUGUUCCUCUGUGGGAAGUGUAAGAAGCAGUUCAACUCGCUGCCUGCCUUCAUGACCCACAAGAGAGAGCAGUGCCAGGGCAGUGCCCCUUCCCUCUCCACAGUCUCUCUGUCCACCAACAGUGUGUACACCCCCUCCAUCACCUCUGUGCAGCAGGCUCCAGGCGCCAGCCGGCAGCAAAUCUCUACAUACAUCACUGUUCCCCCAUCUCCUUUGAUCCAGACCCUGGUGCAGGGGAACAUCUUGGUCAGCGAUGAGGUGUUGAUGUCUGCCAUGUCUGCUUUUACAUCCUUGGACCAGCCCAUGCCAACAGUUCAGCCCCCAGCUCAGAGCAGUUUGAGUAUGCACGCUGGGGCUGGCUACCUCUCCCAGCCCCCUCCACCUCCACCCCAGCCACCGCCACCCCCUCCUCAGCCUCCCCCACCUCCCCCCCAGAGCAUGGGGGCUCCAGGGCAGCCCAGCACUGGCAGCAGUGGUGUGGUGGAGGUGUACAGUGCUCCUGCUCCCAUGGCAGCAAACAGCACGGUGGAGAUCCAGACUCUGGGGAUGCCACCCUAUCCACCCAUGGAGGUACCCAGCCAGUGUGUGGAGAGCCCUGUGUUCCCUUCUCCUCCUGUGUACAGCCCUGGGAAGCAGGGAUUCAAGGCCAAGAGCACCAGCACUCCCACACCCUUGACCAGCACAGGAGGAGCUGCUGUGGGUGGUUUUGUUUCCUCCUCUGCUGCCAAAAGUCGGCGCUGCAAAAACGAGAGUGGGCUGCAGGGGCUGCAGGAAGGCAAAACCAAGUCCCCCAAGCUGAAAUGCACUUACUGUAACAAGGCCUUUACCAAGAACUUUGACCUGCAGCAGCACAUCAGAAGUCACACAGGAGAGAAGCCCUUCCAGUGCAUUGUGUGUGGCCGAGCCUUUGCCCAGAAGUCCAAUGUGAAGAAGCACAUGCAGACCCAUAAAGUGUGGCCUCCAGGGCUGGGCUGCACCAUCUCCCGAAACUCCAUCACCGUGCAGGUCAUGGCCUUGAAUCCCAACCAGACAGAGGACGAGGAGAACACAGGUUUGACACAACCUGCAAGGAAUCCUUCAGAACCACCCCAAGACUUGAGCCCCUUGGAGGAGAGUGAGACAGGCAAACUGGAAGCCAAGCAGGUUGUCUUGAUUGAUAGCUCUUACCAGUGCCAGUUCUGCCCCAGCAAAUUCAACACCUAUUUUCAGCUCAAAUCACACAUGACACAGCACAAGAAUGAGCAGGUGUACAAGUGUGUGGUAAAGACCUGUGCUCAGACCUUCCAGAAGCUGGAGUCCUUCCUGGAGCAUAUCAAGAGCCACCAGGAGGAGCUGAGUUAUCGCUGCCACCUCUGCAGCAAGGAUUUCCCCUCUCUCUAUGAGCUGGGUGUCCACCAGUACUCCCACAGCCUGCUGCCCCAGCAAAGCCCCAAGAAGGAUGUGGCAGUGUACAAGUGUGUGAAGUGUGUCAGUAAGUACUCCACCCCUGAAGCCCUGGAGCACCAUCUGCAGACAGCGACACACAACUUUCCCUGCCCUCACUGCCAGAAGGUGUUCCCCUGUGAGAGGUACCUGCGCCGACACAUUCCCACGCACGGGGGGGGCAGCAAAUUCAAGUGCCAGAUCUGCAAGAAAUUCUUCCGCCGAGAGCACUACCUCAAGCUGCACGCCCACAUCCACUCGGGUGAAAAGCCCUUUAAGUGCUCAGUGUGUGAUGCAGCUUUCAAUCGGAAGGACAAGCUCAAGAGACACAUGCUGAUCCAUGAGCCUUUUAAGAAAUAUAAAUGUCCCUUCUCAAGCCACACUGGCUGCAAUAAGGAGUUCAACAGGCCAGACAAGCUGAAGGCUCACAUCCUGUCCCAUUCAGGGAUGAAGAUCCACAAGUGCCAGUACUGCAACAAGUCCUUCAGCCGCAGAGCCCACAUGGUGGAGCACCAGCGCUGCCACACCGGCAACUACAAAUACCGCUGCGCCACCUGCAGCAAGGGCUUCACCCGGCACAAGUACAUGAGGGACCACAAGUGCCGGCUGGGCUCUCCCAAGGACAAGGACCUGCAGCUCAGGAAGCCCCAGAAGAAAAGGGCGGCACGGGGACGCAAGGCAGGCUUUGCCCUCCCCGCCCCGCUGGGGCUGGAGGAGCUGAAAGAUGGAGGUGCUGGGGAGAGCCCCCUUCCAGGCAGCCCCGACAAGGAAACCUUCCAGGAGUCGGACGCCGUCCUCUCCAUCGUGGUGGGGGGGUCUGGAGGUGCUGACCCGGACCUGGUGGUUCCUGGGCAGCCCAACACCAUGGCAUCCAGCCUGGCUCUGGCAGAACUGCAGGCUGGCUCGGAUGGGCCCUGCACUAUGCUGGCCGUGCCUGUUUACAUCCAGACCUCAGAAUGAGGAUGUGUAGAGCCACUGUGUGGCUGAGGGCUGCUGCUGGGGCUGUCGGACUCCGUGCUGAAACUGAUCCUGGUGAAAAAAGACCAAAGCUCUCGUGGGGAGGGAGAUGGAUAUGGGAGAGAGUGGCUUUUUCCACUUCCUUGGGCAGAGGGCUGCUCGGAAGCCACCACAGGUUACAAGGCACUGAAGAGAAUGGCUCUGCUGUUUCUUGUCUCUCUGCAUCACUGCUCAGCCUCGGGCAAGGAAGACAAAGAUCCCUGAAUCAGGGUAAGAGAAGGAGCAAAGCUGCCAGAGAGCUGCUGAAAUCGGGUGGCUUUGCAAAUCACAGCCUGUCCCAUCUGUGGUUUUUCUGGCCUAAAAGCUGUAUUGCCCAGUAUUUGGGUGUCCUCUCCGAGAGCAAACAAUUGAUCCUUCCUAGUGGAAGCAAGUUCAUCCUGAGAUCCUUUGGGAAUACCAUUCAGAAAUACCCUGACAGACUUUUUUCUCCUCUUUUUCUCUCUCACUAGAAAGAUCACCUUGUCUGUACUACAUGUGUUAUAAACACCAUGG